AUGACCCGUCUUUUGACUGUUUUCUUGUCUGCCCUUGCCGCCGUGGGCUUUGUCUCAGCACAGGCGUCCCCAAACGCGAGAACUGCGGUCGACAAGACUCGCGAAUACUUCAACGAAGCUCUUGCUCUCAAAGCUCAGACUGAGGAAAUCGGUACUCUCAGCUGUGUUGAGUACUUCUUGAACAUGGGGCCCUACACCAAGAUUGUGCCCACUUUGGAAAGGAUCAAGGGAAUCUUCGAUGCCUACAAGCAAAUUGUCAACUUUCAGCCUCCACUGAACCUCACUAUUCCGGAAGAGGCCGACGCAGGCGACGAUAUUGUAUACUUCCUGGGUGCAGCAACCAUUGAAAUUGGUACAGCCUUCGACAGAAUGACCGAGACGGGGACAGCUAAUCUCUGCACUCUCCCGAUGCUGGGAACUAAGAUCAAGAAGGCUUUGCAGGAUGUGAAGGCGGUUUCCAGGCCGUUUUACUUUUCCCUUGCGGCUUUUCAUCUGACUGAAACAGGGGCUAUUAGAAGAUCAUUGCUCUCUUUCGAGAGCAAUAUUGAGGCAGCCAUCCAGGCUUAUUCAAGCCCUAUUCCAGUUUGAUCGAUAAUUGUAUGGGCGCGGAAAACAUAUAGGGUGGUGGGGGGGUGACAGGCGGGACACGAGACUUUAGGCUGUUAGACCUUUCGUUGCAGUUUUCGUUUCAUAUAAAUUGCCUUCAAGGGGCCAUUACCUCAUAUUAUCUUGACAAAUUGCCCA